ACGGAACAUAGUCAGCGCUUGUAAACAAAGCGUGCAGUCUGUCCGAGCACCACACGGAGAUCACGUGAAUAAUUCCACACCUGCGGUUACCUUUUUGCAACGCGUUCACUUCCUUAUCGAGGGCUAUGAGCUAAUCCCUAAUCGCGAUGCUUCGGCGAGGGAUCAAUGGAUCAUUUGUAUUGUUCCAAGCACACGGGAUCGGGAAAAAAUCGUUAGAUGAGCCGACGAAUGGGAGCUAGCGCGAGACGCAGAUGACCGCGAUGUCCUCGAGUUCAUAAAUUCACUUGAUUCAUCUCACAGAAAUAUAUUUGUUGAAAAUUAUCGGAGAAAUUGAAUUCUUUGCGAUCCCGGGAGAUAGCCUACGAUUUUUCGCGCCUCCCUGAGGAGAGGGGAUACGAGACUCGCUCGGCUUUGACCUAAUAAAUAGACCGCUUUGUCCAACAGGAGCCAAUUUUCGCGCGGCAAACGUUCCCGGUUGGAGCCAUACGGAUUCUCCGCUCGUUGACGCACUCGAACAACUUCGCGAACGCUUUCGUCGACAAAGUUUAUAAAUUCGGGUGAUUCGUUGCCGAAACAUGGCUGGCCGAAAGGAACUCGAUCGCUGUUACGAUUUCGUGAUGAAUCUUACCAUCGAAUCGGCGAAGAUUAUACGCGAAGCGUUCCGAGGAAUGAAAAACGUCGAGACCAAAGCCGGCGAUUGGGACCUGGUCACCCAGUACGACAGAAAAGUCGAGCAAGUUCUCAUUGCUGGUCUCGCCAAGGAAUUUCCUAAUCACAAAUUCAUCGGAGAAGAAACGGUUUCGAGUUCGAAACAUUUGCCAGCAUUGACCGACGCGCCGACGUGGAUCAUCGAUCCGAUCGACGGUACGACCAAUUUCGUGCACUCCUUCCCCCACACCUGCAUUUCGAUAGCUCUCGUCGUAAAUAAGCAAUUGGAAAUUGGAAUAGUGUACAAUCCGUUGUUGGAGCAAAUGUUCACAGCGAGGCGUGGCCAGGGAGCUUUCCUCAAUGGGAAACCCAUCAGAAGCUCUGACGUCGUUGACGUGAGGAAUUCCCUGAUCUGCAUCGAGGCUUCGUACGCGACGAUCGAAUCGAUCAGGGACAUCGUCCUAGGGAGAUUGGAAGCAUUCGUGUCAGUCGCCCAUGGGAUAAGGACCCUCGGAUCUGCUGCACUGACGCUGUGCUACGUGGCGAUGGGAGCAGCCGAGGCUUAUCACUCCGACAACCUCAUGCCAUGGGACGUGGCUGCUGGGACUCUCAUAAUACGAGAAGCUGGAGGAAAUGUGGUCGAUACUCGAGGCGGAGAGUUCGAUCUGAUGGAGCCGAAGACUCUGGCAGUUGGAAAUGGAAAAUUGGGUCAUGAUUUAGUGAAACUGAUCAAAACAGCGGACGCCAAGACGCUUCGCAAAAGAGGGACGACGAAUUAGCACCUUUCGUCUUCCAAAUCAAUCGGAACGAUGAAAGAAUUCAUUAUUUUUAUCACCGGAAAUAUUCGUAAAGCAGAAAAAACGAAUAUGAGGUAAAAACGUGGUGGAGCUAAAUAUAAAAUAGACGACGCUUACAACGAGCGGCGAAUCUUUGUUGAAGACAACAAAGCUAAAAGAAGUGCUGAGAUAAGUUAAGGAUGUUAAUUGUUUUAAAAGGUGUGCACGUGACACGAGACUCGCGAAACGACUUUGUCAACGGUUUCAAUGUCUCAGUAACACUUUCGAUGACAGUCGGUCAUGUUCCUCCAAAGAAUUAAGUAUUUUUGUAACAUUCAAUUACGAUAAGUGCAGAGAUUUAAAUGAAUUUUGUUAUUAUCGCGGCUACUAUUCUAAUUUCUGUGAGUUUGGGACGUUGACUACGCGUUUUUCCUACUUUUUAAAGUACGAGAUUCAGCGAUAAUGACCGGAGUAAUUUAACGAUAUUCAAACUUGAAAAAACAUCGUGUAAAACAAUAAACGUACGCACGCCCAA